UCAUAAGUGUGAGAAAUGGCCAUAAGUCCUUUUUUCAGUGCCUUGUAACUUCGAACAGUCAUUGAGUGAAGCGUUGCAAACAGAGGGCCACCUGUACGUACAAGACAGAGAGUAUAAACGAAUUACAGUAUCUUUCACGUUACGUGUUUUACAAUAAUAUUUGACGUGCGUGCCAAAAAGAGGUCAGCAAUCCAGUGGUUUCUGGUGCAGAUGUGCAGGAAGACCAGGGAAACAGAGCCACUGUUUACCUGAGGAGCAGACCAGAUGUCGACAGCCCUUCUUAGCCAUCUGAAAUUAAAUUUAAAAAAAACAGAUUUUUUUGGUUCGUUUUUCUCCAUCAUUUCCAUUUGUCCUUGAAAAAACCAAGAAUGGCUUUAGGAAGAGAUGCCCGGCCCAAACCCAGAAGUCACUUCACUCCUUUGCUGACCAUCUUCCAGAGGUCCCAGAUGCCUCCCACCUCUUCCCAGCAUGCAGCUGGAAUUUCGGGUUGGACCGGAGAAAGGAGGGAUGUCAUCGGAGAUCAAGGGGGUAGUCUUGGGGGGUGCCUGGUUCCCUCCCCUCAUUGGGCCCCAAGCCAAGACCCCCAGCUUAUAAAGUGGGAGAGAAGGACUCAUGUUCCCCAACAACACAGCAGAGUUCAAGUUCGAGGCUGCCUGAGAGGCGAAGUUAAACCCCACGAAAAGUAACGGCGUUGGCUUCCAUCCCUUGAAGACUACCAAGACCAUCACACACACACACACACCCUUCGCUUCCAGCAACGCAUUUUCCACAGCCUUCCCUGGGCUGGCCUGCGUCCUCUAGAUGGCUCCUACUGAUCAUCUCCAUGUAAACACACCACUGAGAGAAAGCACCCCGCUCUCCAAGUUGGCUGGCACCAAGGUCUAUCUCAAACUGGAGUGCUCCCAACCCACAGCUUCUUUUAAGAUACGGGGCAUCGGGAACUUCUGCAAAACGUGGGUGGAACGAGGGUGCAAGCACUUCAUCACUUCCUCAGCUGGAAAUGCCGGCCUUGCGGUGGCUUACUCUGCCCGAAUGUUGGGGAUCCCAGCCACCAUCUACGUCCCCUCCUGUACCCCAGCUUUCACUAUUGAGCGACUGAAGGAAGAAGGCAGCUCGGUGUACGUUGAAGGAGAGAUAUUAGCAGACAGCACAAAAGCAGCUAAAGAGUUGGUGAAGAACAAUCCUGAGUGGGUUUAUGUGCCUCCAUUCGAUGACCCCUUGAUUUGUUGGGUGUUGUCGCUUCAAACCACCACUAAAUGAUUGGAUGUAACUCAAGGAUUACCUGCAGUUCAGAGGUGGGUUCCUAACUAUUCGGUCCGGUUAAGACGAAUAGGUAGUAACUCUGGAGGACGCAUAACUUAGACCAAUAAGAUUGCACAGCAAGACUGUUGGUGGCGCAAUACUGGAAGAAGGAAGAC